AUUUUGACACUCAGUCCUUCUCUUCCCACAGUUAUCAAUGCUUGCCACUUCGCUUCGUCUUCUCGCUCGUCCUACGACUGCUGCGGCUACUGCGCGCGCGGCGGCUGCGCCCUUCUCAACGGCAGCGUCCGUGUCACACAUGCCCACCGCGCUGACCGUCCGCGACGCACUCAACUCGGCCAUGGUCGAGGAGAUGAACCGCGACAAGACCGUCAUGAUCAUGGGCGAGGAAGUCGCAAAGUACGACGGCGCCUACAAGGUUUCCCGCGGUCUGCUCGAAAAGUUUGGCCCGCAGCGCGUCGUCGACACUCCCAUCACCGAGAUGGGCUUUGCUGGCAUGGCUGUUGGUGCCGCGUUCGCUGGCCUCAAGCCAAUCUGCGAGUUCAUGACGUUCAACUUUAGCAUGCAGGCCAUCGACCACGUUAUCAACUCGGCCGCCAAGACCUUCUACAUGUCUGCCGGCACCGUCCCCGUGCCAAUCGUCUUCCGCGGACCCAACGGCUCGGCUGCCGGUGUCGCCGCGCAGCACUCGCAAUGCUUUGCUGCCUGGUACUCGCACUGCCCCGGCCUCAAGGUCGUCGCUCCUUACUCUUCCGAGGACGCCCGCGGUCUCCUCAAGGCGGCCAUCCGCGACCCCAACCCCGUUGUUGUCCUGGAGCACGAGCUCAUGUACGGCGUUUCCUUUGACGUCAGCGACGAGGCCAUGUCGCACGACUUUACCAUUCCUUUCGGCAAGGCCAAGAUUGAGCGUGAAGGCAAGCAUGUGACGGUUGUCGGCUUCUCCAAGGUUGUCGGCACUGCCCUUGAGGCUGCCGCCGAUCUUGCCAAGGAAGGCAUUGAAGUGGAGGUCAUCAAUCUCCGCUCCAUCCGACCUCUCGACACAGAGACCAUUAUCAAGUCCAUCAAGAAGACGAAUCACCUUGUCACAAUCGAAGGCGGCUGGCCACAAUCUGGCGUUGGCUCCGAGAUUUGCGCCCAAGUGAUGGAGUCUGAUGCAUUCGAUCACUUGGAUGCCCCUGUUUACCGAGUGACUGGCGCUGACAUCCCCACUCCUUACGCCACAUCUCUGGAGGGCAAGGCUUUCCCCCAAAAGGCCAACCUCAUUAACACAAUCAAGCGUUCGCUCAAUCGCCAGUGAAGGCGACACCGCCAACCCCCAACCCCCCCCCCCCCACAGCGCUUGAUUUGAUACUGAUUUUUCAUGUUUGAUGUACUUGUUGCCGUCUUGUGUUUCAUUACAAGUUUGUGUUUUU